AUGCCUAUAUGCCAGCUACGGGUAACAAAUAAUGCUAUUUCAGGAAUAUAUGGUCAUGAUACAUGUUCGAUUCAAAGUGAUGUAAUAAAUGAUAGCAUCACAGAACUAUGGUCAAUACCAAAUCUUGUUGAUAUUGCAAAUUUCUCGAAUUUUGUUAAAAUUCGAAAAAUUCCCAACAGAUUAUUUGAAGAGCAUUAUAAACUGAUCCAAAUAGUAUUUCCACCAAAUCUUAUAGAAAUUGGUAUCAAUUCAUUCGCCAAUUGUUAUAAUUUGAUAGGAACAAUUGAUUUAUCAAAUCUAGAAAUUCUUGAUUGGGCUGCUUUUUAUAAAUGUUAUAGUUUGAAUGGAACUAUCAAUCUUCCGAAAGUGAAAAAUAUUGGAAUAUGUGGAUUUUAUAGAUGUUACAAUUUGACUGGAUCGCUUAAUUGUCCAUAUUUAGUAUCGAUUAAUAAUAGUGCAUUUUGUAAUUGCUAUAAAUUUACAGGACCAAUUAACUGUCCUAAUUUAGAAACUAUUGAAUGGGAAGCAUUUUGUAAUUGUUAUAGCAUGACUGGACCAUUGAACUUGCCUAAGGCAAAAUUCGUUAGUAUUAGUGCAUUUUAUAAUUGCUAUAAAUUGACUGGACCAAUUGACUUUCCUUUAUUGGAAACUAUUGGUGAAAUGGCUUUUUAUCAAUGUUAUGAUUUAACAGGACCUUCACAUUUACCUAAUGUAAAAGCUAUUGAUAGUAAAGCAUUUUAUCAAUGUUUCAAUCUAACAGGUUCAAUUGAUUUACCUAAUUUAGAAUACAUUAAUGAUAGUGUGUUUUAUGAAUGCCACAGUUUAAACGGAAUCAUAAAUCUUCCAAAAUUGAAACAAAAUUAUAUUAGUGAUUAUUUAUGUUAUUGUUGUUAUAAUUUAACUGGCUCAAUUAAUUUUCCUAAUGUUGAAUCAAUUGGGAAUUACGCAUUUUACCAAUGCUACAAUAUUAAUAGACUUGAAGAUAUCCAUAAUGUAAUUUCAAUUGGAGUUUAUGCAUUUUACACAUGCUAUUGUUUAGAAGGAUGUAUUACACUUCCUAAAUUAAAAACAAUUGACUCUGCUGCCUUUGAUCGUUGCCAAAAAUUGACAGGAAUAAUUGAAUGUCCAAAAUUAGAAACUAUUGGUGCCAUCUCAUUUGCAGGUUGUAUUGUAUUGUCAGAACUAAAGCACCUUCCUUCUCUAACAACAAUAGGAGAUUAUGCAUUUGAUUCUUGUUAUAAUUUUAUUGGGUAUCUAGAUCCAACAAAUCUCCCCAAUCUCGCAUCAAUUGGCUAUCAAUCAUUUUUUAAUUGUUAUAAUUUUCAAGGACCUAUAGUUCUUCCAAAAUUAAUAAAUAUAUCAAAUUAUUCAUUUAAAAUUUGUUGUAAUUUAACAGGAAUAAUUGAUUGUCCUAAAUUAGAAUUGAUUGGAUUUGAAGCUUUUUCGGAAUGCCCUAAACUAUCGGGUCCUUUACAUAUUCCCAAUAUCAAAUUGAUUUAUCCAUGUGCCUUUUUUAACUGUGAUAAUUUAAUAGGUACAAUUGAUUUUCCACAUAUAGAGUAUAUUGGUUAUUCUGCAUUUUUAAAUUGUUCAAAUUUGGAAAAAUUAGUUAGUCUUGGUAAUCAUUCAUCUAUUUAUCAAGGAACAUUUUGGAAUUGCAGCAGAAUGAAAGGAUCUUUCAAUAAUUUUUCGUUUGAAUAUAUAAGGAGUUAUGUAUUUUGUAAAUGCACAGAAAUGCGUGGAAUACUUGAUUGUAGUAGAUUAACAGAGAUCACUGAAUAUUCAUUUUCUGGAAGUUCUAUUGAAGGACUUAUUAAUACCGAAAAUAUAACAAUGAUUAAACAAUAUGCAUUUUGCAACUGUAUAUGUCUUUCAGGUUUUAUUAAUCUCAGCAAUGCAAUAACAAUUCAAGAAUGUGCAUUUCUAAAUGACACUAAAAUAUCAAGUAUCAUAUUGUGGAAUUCACAAGUUGACAUUUCAUCAAAUGCAUUUGAUCCUUCAGUAAAUUUGACUUUGCUUAAUCCACUAAACCUCGACAGAAAUAUUAUUUCAAACUAUUCUCUUAAGAGUUUCAUCAUAUUUUACUUAGGACUCAGUGACUCUAAUAACAAAACAAUAUCUACCAUAUAUGAAUAUGCAAAUCGGAUUUAUGUAUUAUGUAACUAUUCAAAUGAAACAUUUUAUGAUAGAUAUGCUUAUAAACUAUGUCCCAAAAAGAGUAUAAAUAAUCAAAAGAGGAAAUUUGUUAAAAAGAGUUUAUUUUUAGGUUUCACAUGUAAUUAA